ACUUCUCCCCGGAAGUAGACUGGCGAAUUUCGUAAUCAAUCGGCGGGAAGGACGAAUGAGUUGCUCCGCGAUCAAGAUAAACAACUCAGUUGUCCAGAUUAUAGAUGUAGAGGAUCAUUGUCAACUUCAUCAUGAGAGCUCAGUGUUGUAUAUGUGCAGACCUCUUUGAAAAUGAUGACAAUAUCAACAUCGCAGCAGUUCCCUGCGGACAUACAUUUCACGAAGAAUGUGUCAUGAAGUGGGUGGAGUCUUCUAGCUCCUGCCCUCAGUGUCGUAAAUAUGUAAACAAGAAGCAGGUCAUUCGGAAACUCUACUUUGAUGCAGGAGACGAACCAGAUGAGAAGGAGAAAGACCCUGAUAAACUCCAGAAUGAGUUGUUGACUUUGAGAACCAAAUUGAAACAGCGAGAUCGAGAGAAAGCAGAAUUAGAAUCGUCAAAAGACUCGCUGCGAAAGAAUGUACGUGACAUGGAGGAAAGCAAGUCCGCAAUACAGAAGUUGUUGAAACAGGAAGAAGGAACCAGUUCAUCGUUACGGAAGCAGUUGGCAUACUUUGAGUCACAACAGAAGGCGCUAAAGACUGAAAGAGAGUCGUAUAAACGUGCACAAACCAAGUUGGCAGCGAUGCAGCACGUGGAGGGAUUACUGUCAGGUUGUGAAAGUGAUGCAGAGUCCAUCCUGGAACAGUACGGAGAAGGGAAGUCAGCAUCGAGGCAGCUUGCCCAUUUCUGUUCCAUCAUGAAGCGAGAAUAUGAACAGGCCAAAACUGAAAAAAGAAUCCUGAAGGACCAGCUUGAUAAAGUGAGGCGUGAGUUGUGCACCAAGACCCGUCUUCUGUCAGAGUGUAGCAAGGAGCUCCAGUCAUUGAGAGACCACUUCACCCAGUCAGAGGAAGACCUCAAACAUGCAGAGAAAGAUAAAGAAAAAAUGAGGAAAAAAAUUCAUCAUCUAAAACGAGCAAUAAAAAGUCCAGAUUGUGCUAGUUCCAGCUUUGUUGCAACAUUGACUGAAGACAGUCCUGCAUUUAUCACUCCUGUGAAACCUGGUCUUCAGGGGAGCAAAGAUGGUAUCAUUGACCUUGAAAAUACACCUGACCCUAAACUGGCCUUGACACCCGAUUUGUUCAAGGAUACUCCAACAACUGAGGCCAAGAAGCACUGCGUUGAAAAUAAUAUGAAAUUUGUGAAAAUUAGCACUGCUUCAACACAAAACCCUGCCAAACGAGCAAGAAACGAAUCAAAUGAUCCGAAUCAUUUAACAGCUUUGGGGUCCUUGAAUAUUUUCAAGAAGAAGCAAGGCCCAUGUUACCCCUCUGUGUCGAGGAAGGGUUACGAUGGACUUGGGGGACAUACAACAUUUACUCAGGGGUUAGGUGGCAAACCCAAAUUUGCUGUGAGAAAAACAAAACCAACACUGUCCAAGAGAAAGGACUGCCGGGCAGCCCGAUUUACCAUCUCUUGGUGAUUUCCUUGAGUGAUAUAGGAAUAAAGAACCAUGCUCUUUGUGAUAAGUGAUUAUAGCAUGGCCCCCAAAAUGGAUUCUAUUUAUCAAAUUCAGGUGUCAAGUUCAUCAGUAACACUUUGAGGGACUUCUUUUCAUACAGGUACUGGUUUGUGUCAGUGUUCCUGUAAUAUUUAACCGCACACAUUUGAUUAAUUGAUUUCUGACCCGUGAAGAUAUGGGCAAGAAUUG